AUGGGCAAACCUGUUCGCCUGGGCACGUGCCCACUCCUCGACAAACUCCCGACAGAAAUUCGCGUGCAAAUUUACGAGUACAUUUUAUUCGAGAACGGAAACUUUUUCAGCUUAGAUGACGACGACGAGGGCAUGUCGGUGCCUACUCUUUUUCCGAAAUUGAGGGCACCGCCGACGCCACCUCCACAGCGAAUACGACGACGGCGGCGGCGGCGGCAGCAAGACGAGCGGCGGCGAGACGAACAAGAGGUGCAACCGACAAACGAGAUUCGACCUGAAAGCAACAUCAUGUCACUGCUCCUCACGAAUAGGCUCAUUUACGAAGAGGCAGCCUCUCUUCUCUACAGCACCUCUUUCUUCCGCCUCCGCGGGAUUCACUGCACGAUCCAAUUCAUCAACGCCGUCUCGCCCCGCCACCUCGCCCGCGUGCGCUCUCUCAAGCUGGUAUGGGACGAUCAAGGCUGGACGGCAGCCCCCGAAUACGACACACCAACCCUACGGUCAGCAUGGCCCUCGCUCUGCGACGCGCUGGCGGAUGGCGGGUUUGCGGGCCUGCAGAACCUGUACGUGGCGCUGGGGGUACCGGGCGGAGAGGCGCAUGUGGAGGAGAUGUACCUGCGCGGCCUGGCGCGGGUGCGGCAUGUGGAUAAUUUCAAGGUGUGUAUACCUGUGGGGUUUCUGACGAGGUUCGAAAGGCUGGAUGUGGAGAGCAGAGAGGAGAAGGAGGCAGGUGGUGAUGACAGGGCGCCGUUUGAGCUGUGCCGACAUACGGCGGGCGAGGUGUGCAGCAUUCGCAGGGAGGUCAUCACGGCGGAGUGGCUGGGCGACAGCAGGCCUUCGACGCCUGGGUUGAGGCUCGUCCUGCCUAAUGUGCCUGGGAUGGAACCCUGGGCAGAUGGGGAGUGGGAGACAAAUGAGAAGGAGAUGACGUAA